CCUCCCCCGCCGCCCGCCGCGCCGGGUCCUAAAGCCGCGCGCCUCAAGAGGAUGGUGCGCCUGGCGGCCGAGCUGCUGCUGCUCCUGGGGCUGCUCCUGCUCACGCUGCACAUCACCGUGCUGCGCGGCUCGGGAGCCGCCGACGCGCCCGACGCGGCCGCGGGCAACGCCACCGGGACCGCGGUGCAGAAUAACCUCAACAUAGAAAGUGACUCUAUAUCAGAAACCAGCUUUCCUCUCUCCAAGGAAGCGCUAGGGGAGCAACAGGACCACCAGGCUUCCCACCAACCCUUUCCCAGACAGCGAUUCCGGCAAGAGGCUGGGCACUCUUCAUUGCAAAGAGAUGGUCCUAGAUCCUUUCUCCUUGAUCUACCAAAUUUUCCAGAUCUUUCCAAAGCGGAUAUCAAUGGGCAAAAUCCAAAUAUUCAGGUCACCAUAGAGGUUGUGGAUGGUCCCGAGUCUGAAGCAGAUAAAGAUCAGCAUCCGGAGAAUAAGCCCAGCUGGUCAGUCCCAUCCCCUGACUGGCGGGCCUGGUGGCAGAGGUCCUUGUCCUUGGCGAGGGCCAACAGCGGGGACCAGGACUACAAGUACGACAGUACCUCGGACGACAGCAACUUCCUCAACCCCCCCAGGGGGUGGGACCACCCAGCCCCAGGCCACCGGACUUUUGAAACCAAAGAGCAGCCAGAAUAUGAUUCCACGGAUGGCGAGGGUGACUGGAGUCUCUGGUCUGUCUGCAGUGUCACCUGUGGGAACGGCAACCAGAAACGGACCAGGUCUUGUGGCUAUGCAUGUACCGCGACCGAAUCUAGGACGUGUGACCGUCCAAACUGCCCAGGAAUUGAAGACACCUUUAGGACAGCUGCCACUGAAGUGAGUCUGCUUGCGGGAAGCGAGGAGUUUAAUGCCACCAAACUGUUUGAAGUCGACACGGACAGCUGUGAGCGAUGGAUGAGCUGCAAAAGCGAGUUCCUAAAGAAGUACAUGCACAAGGUGAUCAACGACCUGCCCAGCUGCCCCUGCUCCUACCCCACCGAAGUGGCCUACAGCACCGCCGAUAUCUUCGACCGUAUCAAGCGCAAGGACUUCCGCUGGAAGGAUGCCAGCGGGCCCAAGGAGAAGCUGGAGAUCUACAAGCCCACUGCCCGGUACUGCAUUCGCUCCAUGCUGUCCCUGGAGAGCACCACACUGGCUGCCCAGCACUGUUGCUAUGGCGACAACAUGCAGCUUAUCACCAGGGGCAAAGGGGCGGGGACGCCCAACCUCAUCAGCACCGAGUUCUCAGCAGAGCUCCACUACAAGGUGGACGUCCUGCCCUGGAUUAUCUGCAAGGGCGAUUGGAGCAGGUACAACGAGGCCCGGCCCCCCAACAACGCACAGAAGUGCACUGAGAGCCCGUCGGACGAAGAUUACAUUAAGCAGUUCCAAGAGGCCAGGGAGUAUUAAAGAGACGCCCCCGCUGGUACUCGUGACUCAGAUGCACUGCACUGAUUGCCGCGUGAGCGCUCGAGCCCGUCUUACCCGCAUCCGUGUGUGUCUGUGUACACCACGAGUAUUUUUCAUAAAUCACACCAGGGUGUGCGCCAGGCCCGGGGGACUGCCAUCGGAAGCCGCCCUUGCCACCUGCAAGCCCACAGACCUCCUGGGGACUCCUCCUAGGGCUCCAGUGGCAGGAGGACAAGGACAAAGGAGCCAGAAGAAUCUGGAAACCACAAUGGGUGCAACUCGGCUCACGCCCAGACGGUUUCCUGGAGAAGCAGAGCAGGAAAAAGAUGAAGGUGUAACAUUAUGAGCAGGUUUUAUAUGUAACUUAUUUAACAUGAAUGUGACUUAAGUGUAACCUUUUCUCUGGAGUUGUGAAACUAAUCACUUCUGGGAGAGUUCAGACAGGGGCUUAGGGAGGUGGAAGAGAAUGGGGAUUUUGUAAUGAUUUCUUCAAGCGUAAGUAGCUCAAUGGAAGUCCAUCAAAACGAGAAAACACCCAUGUUAAACCAAAAAUCAUUUAGUAAUGGGGCACCUUGCUGAAGUCUCAGCUUCCAAAAUUCUCUUGCCUAAGACUAGGUAUAGGGUGGGGGACAAAUGGGUACUUUAGGGGCAAAUCUGAAGCCUGGCUUGAAAUAGCUUUAAAAUAAAAGGCCAAUAGUAGCAUAAUGCUAUGAUUCUACUAAAAGGCUUUGGAAUGGCAGAAUUUCUGCUCACGUCUUAGUAGGCUCAGAAGGCUGCAGGAAGGUUAGACAUAAGAAAAGGUAGUAGCACUUUUCCAAAGAAAAAAAAAGCAUAAUAAAUGGUAAAAGAACAUGGACCUCAUUUCAUCCAUUUUAUCAUAAUACCAUUUUAACAAUUUUUUACUCCACCAGUGUAUUCCCAGCAAAUAAAUAUAAAAAGAAGAGGGGGACUCAAGUCUAAGAAAUUCUAAUUUUUUUAUGUUUUAAGAAAGGAAAAAUACUACAUUAUUUUUGUAAAGUAUUUAUUGAGACAUUGAGUGUCAUGCAUCAAGCAAUUGUAAUGUGACCUGGUUCUGUAGUGUGGAACUUAGGACAAAUAUAAAAGUUGGUUCUUAUGCAAUUUUACUUGUAAAACUCCAGGAAAAGAGAAUAUAUAAUAAAAUCAUAAUAAAAUGUGUUAGCUGCAGUAAGUGUGUUACCUGCAAAUAUUUAUCAUAAAUACUAUAAAUAGCCCUGGUGACAUAAGGUUUCCAAGCAGGGGAAAGGAAGGUGCAAACCAGGUGGGAAUAAAAGGUUCAUUGUUUGAUGUGAUGGUGCUUGGAAUAAGUCAUAGCAUCUUUAGCACCAAGAAUGUCAACCCAGUGCCCAGGAGGCUGAAGCUCAUUGACACAUACAACUUUUUUCCCACCAAGAGCUAAGAAAGAGCUAAGUGCUCAAGCUGCCCAGAGCAAGUGCUUAAGCCAGCCCAGGUGAGUGGGGCUGCUUCUGGACAAAAUUCUGCAAUUACAGUAAUAAACAGAACUACUUGUCAUGCAAAUUAUUCUUUUUCCAAAUGAGAAAACCAAAGCUCAAAAAACAUAAAUCAUAUUGGACCCAACCUUCAUUUCCUAGCCCAGGGCUCUUUCUACUAUAUCAAAAUUCUAGUGUCAUUACAUUCCUGGUGUCUGUGGUAUUCCUGACCCCACACUUAGGUUCUCCUGAUACAAUCGUCUUAUUACAGAAAAGAUCUUAUCUGUCAUUUACACUUUAGAAUGAAUUAUGCACAUAUUGACCCCUCUCAGGGUAUUUAUAUUUAAGAUUUAUUUCUAAUUAUAGAAUAAGAAGCCUUAUUCACAUCAGGAGAAAUUUUAGACAAUUCAACUGGUAGGUAGAGAUUCAAUAGGUCUAUAUUUCAGGGAAGCAGAUUUGGUUUCUAAUAAUAGGAAAACUAUUUUUGCAAAAAGUUAAUUGAAAUGGAAUGUAUUGCCUUUGAGACAGUGUCAGAAUAGGUAUUCAAGCAGAAACUGGAAAUGAAGCUCAUAAGACGCUCGAGUGAUGGGGAAAGACAAAAAUGUACAGCAAUAACAUCCUCUGAUAAAUGUGCUAUUAAGGGUAAGUGCAAAGUACUGUGGGAAAACAGAGGCAGGAAUCAGGGAAGUGCCUACUGGGAGGGAGGAAUGGAUGCCUGUGGAUUAAGAAAACAGUAUGGACAGAGGCAAGGAACUAGGCAAGAGCCUGCUGUUCUCUGAAGACUGAGUUGUAAGAGUAUUGAGACACAACAGUGGCAAGUAAUGGAGCCAUAUUAUCUAAAGUAUUUUUGUUAAGUAUUUAGCAUAAAAGAUUAAAGGGAGCAGUUCUUUCCUGCUACAGUGAGGAUGACUGCUAUGAGGGAUGCUUUCAAUGGGUUAUUUGCCUUUUCCUAUCAGACUUUGCUGACCUAAUGAACUGAGAGUAGGAAGAUGGGGUGAGUUGGGAGCAGGGAAGGG